AUGUUUUUGCAGUAAUUCGGAGGAAUAAAUCAUUAAUAUGAACUUUUUAUACCUAAGAUUUACAAAAAUGGCACUACAUAGAAUAACAAUGGCUAAAGUUACUACUAUUAAGUAAUGGACUAUUAUCAAUACUCUUUAGUAGAUUACUUUGAACAUUGGGAUUCAUUGAGAUAUAAGAGCAGAAAAUAUGAGAGCAGGAGCGAUAACUAAAAUAUUCAAAAUAUUGUAGAAUUUUCCAAAGCAAUUUAAUCUUAGAUUAAUUUGGAUGAUCUCAGAUAACUGAAAAUAGCUUAAACACAGGCAAGAAAGUUAUUAGAGAAGAUGCAUGAUAUUGUGAUAGAUUUAAAAGAACUCUUGAUGGAAAAGAGCCCCUUAAUGAAAAGCUUUGAUCACUGCAAGAGUGCCUAAUAACUAAUUGUCGAAGGUAAAAUAAAUGAGCUAUCUCAGGUAGAGGGUACAAGUCCUAGUGUUGUGACAAGACAUAAUAAUGGAGAAGAUAACAACAGAUCUGAUUGA